AUGGCUUCCAACAUCCCAGUGAUCAGUACUGGCGGAAGCCCUCCUCAGAGUGUGGAAAGCAUUACGAAAACCGCCCAGGAUUACGAGUACAACGAGGGCGUUCCACUCCGAUAUUGGCUUAGAACUGCUGCCACGCUCAUUCGCGAGGCACAAAUCUACGAACGCGAAGGACACGACGAGCAAGCAUACCUCUUGCUCUUUCGACAUGCCCAGCUCGUUCUGGUACGCCUGACCAACCAUCCGGAAGCCGCAAAGGACGGCAAAGACCGCAACGCACUCCUUGCAGCGGAGAAAGAGGUCGCAAAGAACCUUGUCAAAUUGGAGGUUCUGAAGCCACGGAUAAAGAAGCGAUACGAACGCUACAUUCAGUUGAUGCGCGAACGUCAGUCGCGAAAGCUCUCGUCGGAACCUGCCAUUCUGCCAGAACAACAAGAGCGACCUGCAGAUCCUGCACUAACCGGAGUCGUGGAGCCAUUGGAAGCUGGAAAGAAUCGUGACCUCGCUGUUCGAUUAGCACAAUCAGAGCUCACCCGCAGAGCUACUGUUCGGCAAUCCCAGGGCGAGCAAGACAAAAAACGCGCUGCUGGAGUCUGGGGCAACUGGGAGACUGCAUUGAAGACGAAUAACCGGACAGGGGAUCGUGACUUGAGCCAAAGGAUUCAGGAUAUCCGAUCCAACAUCGAUCACACGCAACCUGCCCAAAGGCCCACAGCGCGUGAAGUGCCAUCGGGUGUCGCCUCAGUUGCCGCAGCCUACAAAUACCCAACCGUGCCACAGUCAAAGGCACUGGAGCCCACUGUUUCUCCCGGGCAUAUCGCCAUUAGGGAUAAGAAUGUUGAGCGGCAGCCACCUCCAGUUCUUCCACCCAAAGAGCGUAUCGCACCUAGCAGAGCUACUUUCGUCGACGGCUCGGUGAGCUCAGAAGCUGUAGGUCUUCCGCCACGUCCGUCCAAGGUGUCACCAGGCCCACCACCCCCCGAGAAAUUACGACCUUCUGAAGACGCGACUUCCACGCGAUCCGACCUUGAUCCUUCCAGUUACACCUUCAAACCUUCUGCAUACCUGGAGAAUGGCACUCCCCUGCGGUCUGUCUUUCUUCCGGCCAAUCUCCGGUCGCGCUUCCUGGCUCUUGCCGGUCCCAAUACCCACCGCAAUCUUGAGACAUGCGGUAUUCUCUGUGGCACCCUAGUCUCGAAUGCUCUUUUUAUCUCCAGGCUCGUCAUCCCGGAACAGAUCGCCACGUCCGAUACGUGUGAGACGACCAACGAAUCUGCCAUUUUCGAUUACUGCGAUUCGGAGGAUCUCAUAAUGCUCGGAUGGAUCCACACGCAUCCGACGCAGACGUGCUUCAUGAGCUCCCGCGAUUUACAUACUCAUAGUGGCUACCAAGUCAUGCUCCCAGAGAGCAUCGCCAUUGUGUGCGCACCGAGUAAAGAUCCCGACUGGGGUGUCUUUCGCCUUACUGACCCUCCUGGUCUGAAGACGGUGCUUAACUGCACCCAAACCGGCCUGUUUCACCCACACGCCGAAGAGAACAUUUACACUGGAGCUCUGAGGCCCGGCCAUGUCUUUGAGGUCAAUGGGUUGGAAUAUGAAACUGUAGACUUACGUCCGAAGGAGUCACAAAAAUGA